CCGAGACCGCGACCCACCUCUCCCGCGCCGUCCUCGUCUAGGCGCCACGGUACAGCCAUGCCGGGCCGCCUGAUGCGGGGCCUCUGGCAGCGAUGGCGCCGUUACAGGUACCGCUUCGUACCCUGGAUCGCGCUGAACCUAAGCCACAACCCGAGGACCCUCCGAUAUGUUCCAGAAGAAUCCAAAGACAAAGUUAUCUCAGAUGAAGAUGUCCUAGGAACAUUACUGAAAGUUUUCCAGGCUCUAUUCGUAAAUGAUUUCAGUAAACAAUCAGAUAUCUUGACUGUGCUUCCAGAACCUGUUAAAUCAAAAUAUCAAGACCUACUGUCAGUUCAGCAUCCAAGGGUGAAACAGCUUGAAUACAAACAUCAGCAGCAAAGUACCUUUACACCAGAAGAAAUUCUUUAUAAGACAUUGGGUUUCAGUGUUGCCCGAGCACCUAGCUCAUUGAUUUCUGCUGGAAAAGGUGUCUUCGUUACUAAAGGAUUGGUACAGAAAGGCGCGGUUGUAUCUAUGUAUCCCGGUACAGUAUAUCAGAAGUACGAGCCAAUCUUUUUCCAGUCCAUUGGAAAUCCAUUUAUUUUUAGAUGCCUAGAUGGGGUACUCAUUGAUGGAAAUGACAAAGGAAUAUCAAAAGUUGUGUAUAGAUCUUGCCAUGGGAGGGAUCGACUUGGCCCUUUAAAAAUGAGUGAUAGUACAUGGCUAACAUCAGAAAUUCAUAAUCCAUUGGCUAUAGGACAGUAUGUGAACAAUUGUUCAAAUGACAGAGCAGCUAAUGUCUGUUAUCAGGAAUUUGAUGUGCCUGCAGUUUUCCCUAUAGAACUGAAGCAGUAUCUUCCAAACAUUGCCUACAGCUAUGACAGACAAAGUCCACUACGAUGUGUCGUUCUUGUUGCACUCAGGGACAUUGAACAAGGAGAAGAGCUUUUUUCAAACUACUAUACAAUUGUCAGCUAGCUCUAUGAAAUUACAUUUACUUCUCAGUUAUUGAGUUAAUUCUAAAUGUUUUUUGGUUAAGUUCCACGUGCACAACAAAUGUUUUAUACCUAAUUGGACUGGGAAUUUUGUGUUUAUUGAUAUUAGUAUUUCAUCAUAAAACCUAUUUGCUUCGUUACAAUUUCAAACUUGUAAUGCAAUUCCAGUGUUAAUUUGGUUUUCACCUAAGUACACAGUAGCUUACUAAAUUAAAAGCCACCAUCUGAACUUAUAAUUUCCACUGUACUUUUGAUUGUCUUUGGUAGUUUAUCAAAUUUUAGCCAAGUCAUCAGCAGUUUUUACAUGUUGAUGUGUACUAACAUCCAUAAAAACUUAUUCAGAAUAAACCAAGACCAAAAAUAUUUGUUGUGUUGUCAUGAGUUAAUUGGGGUUUGUGUAUAAUUUCAAGAUUGUUUUAGCUGGUUAAGGGGGCAAUGGGGAGUCAUUAUACUAUUUUCUCUAUUUGAACAUUUUCACACACGUGCACACCUACAAAGCUUAAGAGACUGUAAGAGAGAUUGUUUUGGCAUGGAAAUAUAGUUAAAAGAUAGUGGUGGGAGGAACACCUAUUCCCAUUUCUCACGUUUAGAAGGCUUCCAUUAGUAAUUCUGCCUCUCUCUCCACCUUUUGGAGGAAGAAUGGUUCUCUGAGAUUACUUUUAGAGAAGAACUAGACACCAUGGCCCAAACCCCACUAGUUCCUUCUCUGUGGACUCCCCCAGUAGAGUCUGUUCUGGGUGGUUCUCAGCCCUGGAUGGGGAAUAGCCUGUAGUCAGCCCAGCCAGGAAAGGAGUGAGUCUAGUUCAGAGGUGGCGUAUCAAGUGAGCUGGCCUGGCAUCAUCUCUGAAGCCACAUUCUCCAGUUCUAUUAGUAGGAGUUACUUUGAUCCCCAUCGACCUGACUCACGUCCAGCCCUCAGCUCCAUACUUGGAUAGUGAGGGUGUGAUUUAUGGGCCUCUCCAUGGCACCUGUACAACCAGAUUCUGACCUUUACUGCUACACCAACAGCUUUUCUCACUUAAGUUUAUUGCAAUUUCAGUAGCCUCCUAAUUGCUUUCCAUGUUUCCAUUCCUGCCCCCUUUUCAGAAUAGACAGCCAAGAGUGAUUCUUUUAAGCACAAAUCAGAUCCUGCUGGCAUCUGCUCAGAACUCUUGACUACUCCUACUUUAGAAUAAAUGCCAAGUCCUUCACUGAUCUCACAUCCUGCUCUCUCCACACAGCCUCAGCUGUCUCCUUGCCACUCCUGAGACUGCGGGGUGCACUCCCACCUCAGGCUUUUUGUACUAGUUCUGCCUCCAGAAACCUCCUCCCAAAGAGCCAUAUAGCUCAUUCCGUCACCUUCCCUGACUAACCUACUGAAAUUUACAAUCCUCAACCGCCAACCCCUAACACUCCCCAUUCAUUUCUCUUAUGUAGUGUGUAUAAUGUAUAUGCACCUAAGUCCAUGUGAGCAUCUUUUUCUCAGCCUCAUUUGUCUUUUAUUUGUGCCACCAGGGGAACUCACUUUGUUAAAAAGCCAAGGGCUUCCCUGGUGGCUCAGUGGUAAAGAAUCUGCCUGCCAGUGCAGGAGACAUGGGUUCAAUCCCUGGUCCAGGAGGAUCCCACAUGUCUCGGAGCAGCUAAGCCUGUGCAACACACGGGCUAUUGGGCCCGUGCUCUGAAGCCCAGGAGCCUCGACUACUGAAGCCUGAGCACCCUAGAGCCCGUGCUCCACACAAGAAGCCACUGCAAAGAGAAGCCCGAGAACAGCAACCAGAGAGCAGUCCCCACUUGCCGCAACUAGAGAAAAGCCCUCUUGCAGCAACAAAGACCCAGCACAGCCAAAAAUAAAAUAUACAUUCUACAUAUAUAUAUAUAAAA